AUUUAUGAAUGUUGAGAUAUUUUAUCGCGCUGCUAUUUGAUGAAUGAUGGAAAACAGUGACUCUGAAUCAUCUGUUGAUCAUAACAGUUUUGCUUCAGUAAUUAAUCUGUAUGAACAACGGAGUGUGAAUACGGUCACACCAAUAAAUAUGCACAAAAAGAGUCUUCUCAGAAUCUUGAUGACAUACAGUUACCUGCUGGUCCACAUGUAUCAGAUUUAGAAAACCGCUCUUCGAAUAAUUCAGAUGAUGCUCACGUUCAAGAGGAUAAUACCAUUCCAUUAAAUUUCACCCCUAUGUACCUCAGUGACAAUUCAAAAAGUAUUGAAACACCAUUUAAAUUGAAAGAGGAUUUGUCUUCAAGUCGAAAUUUAUUAUUCACUGAGAAAAACAUCUAUGCAAAUUCACCGACAUUAUUUCCUCUGGAUACUAUAACCAAUUUGCAUAUUCCACAGUAUAGACCAUUACCUCCGCAUAAAUUAGGCAUUAUAUCAGAAGAUUUAAGUUCAGCAUUUCCUGUCUUGGAUUUUGUCUCACAAAGACAACAUCACCAUCAGCAAGAACAUCGACAAAACAAUUGUAUGUCAUCAAUAUCAACAUCAUCAGCAACAAUGACUGCAGACAUUUCAGUGGCAUUAUCACCAUCCUUAGUUAAUACGUCACUAACAAAUUAUGAAAAUCAACAAAUGAAUACUUUUGACAACCUAUUAACACAUUCAUAUGAUAAAGGUUCUAUGCGAUUAUCCUUUUUUGAUAAUACAAGUCAAAAUUAUCCUGUUUAUUACAAUCAAAGAUAUCUGAUCACAAUAAGUAUUUUCAAGAACAAUCAACCACUUUAAUAGAUCGCAGUGUGAAUAGAGGAGAUCAGUUAUCUUCAGCAAAAUUUUCACAUCCUGGAGGUGAUUCAGAUAAUGGACUUGAAGAAAGGAAAAAAUUCUGUUGGAGGAAAUAAACAUCAAAGUACCAUGUUUUCUCUUUUUCAGUUAUAUAUUUUGACUCAAAGGCUGGGUUUAUUAGUAGUUCAGUUGUGUCACAAGUUUUAUUCUGGUGUUACUUAUUUGGCGGCGGUUAGCAGGAAAAAUCUUCAAUUGCGGUUUGUUUCAUUUAAGGUCAUUCAGUCAAACGAUUUUGCACCUAUUUGAUGGUAUAUCCACAAAAGUUGAGACUCAAGAUUUGUCACUUGAAAGUAAGAGUGUUGUUCACUAUGUAGGUGAACUACUAGGAUGUUUGUUGUUGCUACGGCUUGG